UGGACGGUUUUGAUCGAUCAGUGGAAUGGGAUUCAAGGCUGUGUAGAUUUUCUAUUGGGUUGGGCUAGAAUAUUGGGUUGAAUUCCUAUUUGCUGCGGACUGGGCUAUGGAUAAUUGUGUGUAGGCUUGAUUUUUUUAUUUUGACCUGUACCCUGAAAAAAUGGUUAAUGGUUUUUGAUUUUUUAUAUUUUUCUUAUUAUUUAAGGAGAAAUAUUUUUUCAAGUAUUUAAAAAAUUUAAUGAAGAAAAGAGGGGAGUAGGCCGUAUUGUUUGAAAUGUAAAUGGGCCGGGUCUUAAAAGGCCAGCCCAUCUCAAGGAAUCGCGCUUCUCCCCGUUGAAUUGAAACCAGAGUGAAGCAGUGGAAAGCAAAGCGAAUGUCCAUUGAGAAGGGAAAGCGAAGGGACUAGGGAGAUAAUGGGAGUUUCUACGUAGAAGAAAUGAAAAUGAGUUUUCUCUUUGGAAAGAGGAAGACGUCCGCAGACCUUAUGAGUGAGAUGAUUGAUAAGUCGAUUAGAGAAAUAGAAAGAGAAAGACAAGGUCUUCAAGCUCAAGAAAAGAAGCUGAUCAUGGCAAAGAAGAAUGCUGAACAAGGGCAGAUGUUGCAGUGCAUAAGACGGUCUGAUUCUGAUAAUUGGUGUUUUGAUAACCUUACUUUUUGUUUGGGAAUUACUGGGGACAGUUUAAGAUUUCCUAUUUUCUUUGGCAUGAUAGUUCCUGAAAAUGAUGCUAAAGUUCAAUUUCUCAUUGAUUUCAUGCGGUUCUUGAGCAAUUGGAGCUGUGGGAGUAACGGCAAAAACCUGGUAUGAACGAGACAUCAGAUUGAAAAGCUCCAGGAGCUUAAAUCACAACUCCAGCAGCUUUUGAAUCUCUAUCUCUUGGAUCAGGCACUACCAUUUAAGUUCUCAUAUCUUAUUUUGUCUAAUGUUCAAAAUGCAGCAUUAUCUUUGCAUCAAUUACAAAUGUAUCGCACACAUAUCCUCUUGUGUCCCAGGUAUUGCUUUGGCAAUGGCAGCUGUUUGAUGUUCAAAAAUGAAUUUGUUUUCCAGACAUUGAAAACCACCCAAGCAAUGGGAGAGGCCAUGAAAGGUCUGACCAAGGAAAUGGAUCGGAUGAUGUUGCCAUUAUUGCAGAAGGUAAUGCAAGAGUUUGAGAGGCAUGACUAAAACUAAAAGAUGGACAUGGUCACUGAGGGGAUGGGUGAUGCUAUUGAUAAUGCUUUGGAAGAAGAUGCUAAAGAGGAGAAAGAGUAGCUUGUAAACCAUGUACUUGAUGAGAUUGGCAUUGACAUCAAUAAUGAGCUGGUGAAUGCACCAGCUGUUUUAAAUGCACCUCAGCUGCAAAGAGCAAGGUUCAACUAAGAGUCUAGGACUCAGGAAGAGAGUGGGAUUGAUGAUGAUUUACAGGCAAGAUUAGAUAAUUUAAGAAGGAUGUGAUUUGGGAGAUAAUGAGAAAGGAUAUCUUUGCUUUGCUAUAUGCACAUAUUGGAGUAUGUAACACUUUUCUCUGAAAUGGAAAGUUGGUAAAACUGUGAAAGAAUUACGAGUUCUUUUUUGUAUAUAGUUUGUUUGGAGAUUCUGUUAAUAAUUUUAUGUUUC